GUAGUUUCUGCAAAUAUUUCCGGCUUUCUCAGGGAACGGACCGCGGAGUUGUUUAUGCGGCAAAGAAGCGGUGCAAUCCUUUAGCUGCGUGUGUAGAUCCAAUUCCUCUUCUUUGGUUACUAUUUAACCUCUGUUUAUCCCCCACCGACAAACGUGGGUGGAAUGUUUGGCUGAUGCAAGAGGAGGGAUUCUUCCCAAAUCAUGGAAUCCCCAGGGCGCCUGCCGAUCGGGGUCACCAGGAUCCUCACGGACACAGAUUGGUCUGAACCCUGGAUUUUAACUCUAGUGUUUUUCCACGUAGUCUGCUUAUUUUUUACUUACCUUUCAUUCCGGCACUACCGUUUCCAAAUAGGGCUUUUUCUGUGUCUCAUAAUCCUGGUAUUCUGUGCAGAAUACAUAAAUGAAGCAGCUGCUACAAACUGGAGAUUCUUCUCAAAACAGCAGUACUUUGAUUCCCAAGGAAUGUUUAUUUCAUUAGUGUUCUCAGUACCAUUACUGCUAAAUGCCAUCCUCAUAGUGAUUGCUUGGGUUUAUAAAACAGUGAACGUAAUGACAGAACUAAAGACGAUACAGCAGAAAAGGAAAGCAAGGAGAGAAAAUAAGAAAAGUCAAUAAAUAAGUGUAUCUUUUGUAUCUGGUUAUGUUACCAAAUAUUCUGUCACCCAUAAUAACUUGAGGCUGGAAGUUAGGGUUUUUAACAUUCCUUUAUAAAUGGUCUUACCUUCUUAUUGUUCUAUGAAAAAAUCAUGUUCAUUUUGAGCCCAUGUUAGAGCAAUUCUUAUAUGGCAUUUUGCUAUAUAGACUGUUUCAUUCUGAACCAGUCAUAAGGCAUCUCAUACGUUUAUUAGAACUUAUCUAAUGUACUGUUUUAUCACAGCUUAAAUCUAUGAGUUGUUCAAGGUUUUAUGAUGUUGUGCAUCAAAUAUGCCAAAAUGAACAAGUAAAUUUUAAUAAGUACCAGUUCAUAAAACUGAUUAGCUACAUAAUUGCAACCCAUGGUUAAUUUCUAUUUAGCCAUUAUCAUAGCAAUAUACAAAUAGUUUAUACAACAUUUUCACAGUACAAAAGUAAUUGUUGGUACAAACUUCAGUAAAACAAAAAUGAUAAAAUGGUGCAGUGUGACAUGAAGCAAACCCUCAGACUUUAAUUCUGACAUAUCAACAUCAGAUAUAUAUAUAUUAUCC